UCCAACAAUUCUAAUUUAAUGCAAACAACUUUCCUUCCUUUCUUGUUUAUAAUAAUGUGGGUUAAUUAAUUUUUAUAUUAUAGACGAGUACAAACUUUGUUUCAAGUUUUACUGAUUUCAGUAAACUGAACUAAAAUAAUGGCAACUCAAGCUCUUCUUUCUUCUUCUCUGACUGUUUGUCCAAGCUUCAACUUCAAGGGUGAUGGACCAGGCAUCAGGUAUUCAUCAUUGAAUACUAAGUCAUUGAAAUUUGUGAAGGUUUCCACUGGAUUUAAAGUAAGAGCACAAGCUGCUGCAUAUGCUGAUUCACGAGGAAUCGAAAUCCCAAAACAUUGGUAUAACAUAACUGCUGAUCUUUCUGUUAAACCCGCUCCACCCCUGAAUCCUCGGACUUUUGAGCCUGUCAAACCGGAAGAUUUGGAACCUCUCUUCCCUGAAGAGUUGAUCAAGCAGGAAGUGAGCAAUGAAAGAUUUAUUGAAAUACCGGAGGAGGUUAUUGAUGUUUAUAGUCUAUGGAGGCCAACUCCUCUUAUCAGAGCCAAGAGAUUGGAGAAGCUCCUUGGAACUCCUGCGAGGAUUUAUUACAAGUAUGAAGGUGUUAGCCCUGCAGGAUCACAUAAACCUAACAGUUCAGUACCACAAGCUUGGUACAAUGUGCAAGCAGGUGUCAAAAAGAUUGUGACUGAAACUGGAGCUGGACAAUGGGGUAGUGCCCUUGCCUUUGCUUGCAGCAUAUUCAACCUAGAUUGCGAAGUGUGGCAAGUUCGUGCCUCAUAUGAUCAGAAACCUUAUAGGAAACUGAUGAUGCAGACUUGGGGUGCCAAGGUUCAUCCGUCACCAUCUGACUUAACUAAUGCAGGCCGGAAUAUCCUGCAAUUAGAUCCAUUGAGCCCUGGCAGUCUAGGAAUAGCAAUAUCAGAAGCCGUAGAGGUUGCUGCAGCAAAUCCUGAUACAAAAUACUGUCUAGGAAGUGUGCUUAAUCACGUCCUGUUACAUCAGACUAUUAUAGGCGAGGAAUGUAUAAAACAGAUGGAAGCAUUUGGUGAGACCCCUGACGUGAUAAUUGGGUGUACUGGUGGAGGGUCCAAUUUUGGAGGGCUAUGUUUCCCUUUUAUUAGGGAAAAACUGAGUGGUAAAAUGAAUCCUCUCAUAAGAGCUGUUGAGCCUGCUGCUUGCCCUUCCUUGACCAAAGGGGUGUUUACUUAUGAUUACGGUGAUACUGCUGGGAUGACUCCGUUGCUGAAGAUGCACACUCUUGGUCAUGACUUCAUCCCAGACCCUAUCCAUUCCGGUGGGCUGCGUUACCAUGGUAUGGCACCAUUGAUUUCACAUGCAUAUGAAUUGGGUUUGAUGGAAGCAGUGGCUAUUCCACAAACUGAAUGUUUCCAAGGAGCCAUACAAUUUGCAAGGUCUGAAGGACUAAUCCCUGCACCAGAACCAACCCAUGCCUUAGCCGCUGUUAUCAGGGAGGCUCUUCAUUGCAAAGAAACGGGAGAAUCUAAAGUGAUUCUGAUGGCAAUGUGUGGACAUGGCCACUUUGACUUGCCAGCCUAUGACAGCUUUUUGCAAGGAAAAUUAGUCGAUCUGUCCUUUUCUGAGGAGAAGAUACGAGAAUCACUUGCCAAAAUCCCCCAACGUGUGUCUUGAAGAGCUGAGUCCUAAAAUUUAAAGCAAGGUUGCUGCCGCCAACCUGCCAACUGUACUGUGAACUUUUUGACGAAACAUGACUGCGAUGUUUGGAAUAGGGACACCAAAACAAUGUGCUACUACUGCAGUACUUGUACAGAGGG